AUGGAGACUUUUUUUAAUCAUGGAUAUGGCAUGGUCAGCUAUGUCACUCGCUUCCUUCAGUUCUUCAGUUCUAUCAUCAUUCUCGGUAUCACUGGAUGGGCUUGUGGCCGCAACCGCCAUCGGGUGCCUGGUGAGGCAAAAGAGAUGGCACGUCUUUCCAAUGUUUAUCAUCGAUGCAAUCCUUUCUUAUCUGUGAGACAUCCCACGUUCUUCCGUCUGGAGUCAAAUGCUAACAAGCGGAGUCUAGAUGGCUCACGUCCUUCAUAUUUUUGGCUCUUGAUUUCAAUCGGCACAGUUGCCGCUCGAACCGAUGGAAUGGAGAGCUUGUUUGUAGUCGCCAAUACGCAGCGGAAGCUUUCAGUUUCAUUGCAUUGUAAGAAGGCCUCCCGUUGGAUGUCAAUAUUGUAUACGGACGCUAAUACUCGAAACUGA